AUGCUGCCUACCGAACCACCACGAGCGCUCUGGGUCACCAAUGCAGAGCUCUUAGCUCAUCUCACCCUUCUCAACGCGUUUCAUCAUCUUCGCGAACUUCGACCUGAGCCGGAGUUUCUACACAUGGCUCUCUUCCGAUUCGAGCUUUGGGUCGCCAGAUUGACUCCUGAACCCUUCGAUGUAGAGACGCUCCCUCCGCUUGAUGUGUUGAUGGUCUGGCACGCCUAUUGUUUGACAUCGCGAGCUUACUAUGAGGAUUCUCGAAGACUUUAUCCGGUCCUUCAUACCAUCGAGUUCCCUCUCGCCCUUGCUGCCAACCAGUACUUACGGCCACGCCAGAAGGCAGAUCCACUGCGAGUGGCCAUUCCCCAUCAGGCGAUUACCAACUGGUUCGAAAGUACUAACACCAACUAUUGUCCGAAUGGAUUCUUCAACAAUCCAUCCUUGCGCACUUUCCUUUGUCCGAUAUGUAAAUCGGCUAUCAACUCUCCCUUUACAAAUGCAACUCAGACUGGAUGGGCGGAGAGCUACAACUGUAGACUGCAGUGUGAAGAUUGUGGGUGGAAAGGAACAAAGUCAGACUUAGCUGCCCACAGGCUUCUCUAUGACAUACAAUCCUUGUCCUCUUCACCACCCUCGGACUCUGCAUCGCUGGCCGGGACGCUCACUACCACCAAGACCCUGGAAGAUAAGCAGCACGCUGCAACUUUCAACCUCCUUGUUACGCGCAUCCUCGCCUCAAUAGCUCCGUCGUCCGUUAAGCAACGUUUACAUGAUCCCCAAGCUGCAAUACAAACCAUCAAAGUACUCACUGCUGUCCCGAAGAUCUCGUCAACCGAUGGAGUGAAUCAGAUGCUGAGCGCCUACAGUGUCCCCGAACCAUUCUCUACGGACCUGAUCGUGGCGAUGACGCGUCAAGAGUCUUUCACGAAGUCUGUUGUUGACUUGGGCUGGACUGAAGCUGCUUGUUCACGUGAUGUUGAGGCUGUCAGCCAAAUAACGUAUUCAGGAUUUGCUAUCAAUCGAGCCGUCUCAAGGUACCAAGCUUUUGUAGAACUAUUGAAAGUUCGAGACGGAACCUCCUUCGAUAUUUGCAUUCCGACUUACGAUAUUGACUUGGCCUGGAGAACACAUCAGCUGAUGGGUGUAAGAUACAGUAAAGAGAUGUUUUCCUUUCUUGGUCGAUCAAUUGACCAGUUAAGUUUCCCGCACCCAUCUUGGGCGUUUCAGUUAAAAUUGACCCAGGACUACUAUUUGAACAGUUUCACGGAACGAGUGUCUGAUCAGCCGACACUCAAUGCUCUGUUCCAAUCGACUGCAAAAGCAUGGGAGAGAGUCCACGAGGUACCCUAUUCGCAGUAUCCCGCGCCUGAAUACAGUCUAGAAAAACCUUACCCGCUACUCAAGUUGAAACUCACGACACCUCAGACGAAGGCACCGCAAGAAAACCCAGGCGAUCGGAAGCCGGGUGUACGCUUUGUUAUCAACGAGCCCAAAGCGUGA